CGAAUGAGACGGACCCGUUCAAGAUGUCAGUUGAGAAGGAGAAGGAGAGCACGAGUGUGAAUGACAGUGAGGGCAACGACAAACUACGCAUGAUUAAAGGUGGUGCUUUUCUCACUACAGUGGCGACUGCUGGCAUGAUUGCAGGGUUUGGUUCCACCCUUGCUAUGGCUAAGAAGAAGAGUCCUGAAUGGUUCAAUAAGGGUAUAGUAGGCACGGCUGCGGUACCAGAAAGUGGUGCGUCAUUAGCGUUGCGGGCUCUGAGCUGGGGUUCACUCUAUGCCUGGUGUGGAGUUGGCAUUCUCAGCCUCACCAUUUGGAAGGCCAUGGGGGUCCACAGUCUGAAGGAAUUUCGUCAGAAAAUGCAAUCCAUUUUCCCCGCCAUCCCCAAAAAUGAAGAGGCUCAAGAGAUCUCGCCUCCAUUCGACUGGGAUUCCAUCUUCAAGUCAAAAUGAAUUAAAGAUAAUCAUGGAGAACACACAGACUUAACUGACUUUUUGGCAUUAAUUGAUAUCAGAUGGUCAGUCCAUGUCAAGUGUGAGGGUACAGGUCAAUUCAAUCAGCCAUUUUUGACCCUGCAAAUUGGAUUGAGUAUGAGGUCAUGACGCUGGAGAAUGCCUCACUGAAGGCCGGGGGAUUUGAACUUGAUUGUGUGACUUCAUCUCGAAGAAGUGCCACACACAAACCUCGAACCAAGAGACUUUUCCAUCCAUUACUCAAAGCCUAUUGCAGUCACAAGUGUGGCAUUGUUUCAGUUUGUGUAUGUCAACUGUUGUAUAGUAUAAUAUAAAAAUAAUAUGGACACCCUUCUAAUUAUCGGGUUUGGCUAUUCUAGUAAUUCCAGUGAAAACAAAUCCUAAUACUGCGAAACAGUGACAUUCUAAAACAUUUGUGCUUCCAACUUUGUUGCAACAGUUUGUGGAGGGCCUUUUUCUGCUCCAGCAGGACAAUGCCCCGUCAUCAAAGCAAGGUGCGUAAAAAAAUGGUUUACUGAGUCUGAUGUGAAGGAAAAUGACUGACCUGCUGAAAGCCCGGACCUGAACUCUGUUGAACACCUUUGGGAUGAAUUGGAAUGGCAACAGCGAGUCAGAUCCCAUCAUCCAACCUCAACUCAGAUCAUUUCUUUAUGUACCUCGCUUAAAGGCCCUCGCCAAACUUGAAAGCACACAGUUCACUAGAAUGUCCUUGUAUUGUGUUGCAUUAAAAUUGGCUUUCGCAAAAUAACUUAAUAGCCAAACACGUUAACUAGUAGUGGGUGUCCGCAUACACUGUAUGGCCAAAAGUAUCUCGAUUAUUAGUUUUAUUUUAUUCACACUUGCCAGGUCAAAAUGCAUGUAGACAGGACAGUCCAGUGCAGCCCUUAUUUUUGGAACAUUUGUGUGGGCCUAACAAUAUUACUGUCCUUUUGUAUGGUGGUGCUUAUACUUCAAAUGAAUCAAACUAAAACUGUGCUAAAUUGGCAUCAUGUGGUUUGGAGGUAACAAUAAAAGCAUUUUGUAAUGCAUUUUUUUUUUUUUUUUUUUUGAAAGUUGUAUACAAGCUGUCUGAAAAGUACAAUUUCGUAGAAAAGAGGGAUAAAGAGCAAAGACAUUUUUUGCUGGGCCCUGCAGCAACCCAUGAAAAGCUAUUAAAAUGGCAGUACUCCCCAGAGUUCACCAAUGUGUGUGUGCUUGUGAUGUUUUCUGCACAUUUAAAACACGUAAUCUGGUUAAUCUGAUGUUGUGCUCAUAUUGAUGUGACAGCUGCAGCACAGAGCCCUAGGUAGACUGGCAAAAAUUGUACCCAUCAACCUUAACUGCCAGUGAAUGAAUUUUUUCUUCACUUGCUUUAUUAAUAUUAUAAUAUUGAGGAUACAUACAGCUGGUUUCAAAGGUGUUAAAACCACACUGGAAAUCUGAGAUCAAAAAUCAGAUUAAACCUUGAAGAAAAGUUGUAUAUCUUUGAAAGAUGUAAAACAAAGUUUCCAAUCAAAUUAUGCCGAUAAUAUGAUUUGUAAUGAAAAGGUUUUUAUUAAAUUAUAAAAAUGCUAAAUAAAAGCCUUUUCACAAGUGGUCUCAGAUUUUGGAAACCUCAUUUAUGUAUGAGCUAAAAGGGAUAGUUCACCCCAAAAUAUAAAUUCUCCCAUUUAUUAUGGCCAUCCCAGAUGUGUAUGACUUUCUUUCUUCUACAGAACACAAAUGAAGAUUCUUUCUAGAAGAAUAUCUCAGCUCUGUAGGUCCAUACAAAGCAAGUGAAUUGUGAGCAGGCCUUUGAAGGUCCAAAAUGCAGAUAAAGUCAGCAUAAACGUAAUCCAUCAGACUCCAGUAGUUUAACCUCAUGCUACCUCGUGUCCACAUGAGUGGAUGUUGUAUUUUUGCUUCACUAUAUGCAAUGCAUAAUUUAAAUUAAUUUAAACCGACAGAAUACUGCUCACAAGACCCUGUACUGUCAUUUAAGGGUUAAACUUCUGCUGCACCAAGACACGUGACACAACAGCAUGGCGUCGAUUUCUUUGAAGCACUUUUACGGGCGCAGACCCAACAAAAGUGCCUCUGGUAAGAGACCUCUACGUUUUUUCAUUGAAACCUGUUUGGUUGUAAAGAGUAGUGUAUCUAGUUUCGUUUGAUAUGUCGCUUUAAAAAAUUAAAUUUUUCUUCAUUUUAAUAUAAAAAUGUUUAUUUUAUUUUCUAUUCAUUAACAUUAUUAAAUGCAUUCCUACAUUUACUGUGCAUUUUUACAUUGAGAAUCAAUGGGUUCAUUUAAAAGCUGAAACAUUUUGCUUUCAGAGGCUUUAUAUUGAGUUAGGAUGGAAAUAAGGUGCAUUUUGACAUUUUCUGAAACCAAAGCAGACAGACAGCACACUGGAGGUUAAGUCAUUCACUAAAUAGGGAGCAUCCUAUAGCUCUCUAUGCAGCUAAAUGCAUUCAAUCCUAAAAUUCGACCAAAAGUUCAAUUUCAGGCUGCAGAUGAUGUUUAGACCACUCAACAUGUUUGGCAGACAUGGAACACAAUGGUAAGCAGUACAUAGAUUCAGAAUUUAUGAUGUAUAAUUUUUUUAAGCAUGGUUGGCAGUGAUGGGAUGAUGCUGGCCAUUACUUUGAAUCAGAAUAAAUUAUGCUAAUUUCUGAUGUAA